AUGUUUGGAAAGAAAAAGAAAAAGAUUGAAAUAUCUGGCCCAUCCAACUUUGAACACAGGGUUCAUACUGGGUUUGAUCCACAAGAACAGAAAUUUACUGGCCUUCCCCAGCAGUGGCACAGCCUGUUAGCAGACACGGCCAAUAGGCCGAAGCCCAUGGUAGACCCUUCGUGCAUCACUCCCAUCCAGCUGGCUCCCAUGAAGACAAUCGUUAGAGGAAACAAACCCUGCAAGGAAACCUCCAUCAAUGGCCUUCUGGAGGAUUUUGACAACAUCUCCGUGACCCGCUCCAACUCCCUAAGGAAGGAAAGCCCGCCCACCCCAGACCAGGGAGCCUCCAGCCAUGGUCAAGGCCAUCGGGAAGAAAAUGGAUUCCUCACCUUCUCACAGUAUUCCAGCGAAUCUGAUACCACUGCUGACUAUGCAACGGAAAAGUACAAAGAAAAGAGUCUCUAUGGAGAUGAUUUGGACCCGUUUUAUAAAGGCAGCCACUCGGCCAAGCAAAAUGGGCACGUAAUGAAACUGCAACAUGGGGAAGCCUACUAUUCUGAGAUGAAGUCUUUGCAAUCCAACAGAGCCAGGUUUCCUGUUGAUUAUCACACACACUUGGACUCACUGAGCAAACCCAGUGAGUACAGUGACCUCAAAUGGGGGUACCAGCGAGCCUCAAGCAGCUCCCCUCUGGAUUAUCCGUUCCAAUUCACGCCUUCUAGAACUGCAGGGACCAGUGGGUGCUCCAAGGAGAGCCUGGCAUACAGCGAAAGUGAGUGGGGACCCAGCCUGGAUGACUAUGACAGGAGGCCAAAGUCAUCAUACCUGAGUCAGACCAGCCCUCAGCCUGCCAUGAGGCAGAGGUCACGGUCAGGCUCCGGGCUCCAGGAACCCAUGAUGCCCUUCGGAGCAAGUGCAUUUAAAACCCACCCCCAAGGACACUCCUACAGCUCCUACACCUACCCUCGCUUGUCCGAGCCCACAAUGUGCAUUCCAAAGGUGGAUUAUGAUCGAGCACAGGUGGUCCUCAGCCCUCCACUGUCAGGGUCCGACACCUACCCCAGGGGCCCUGCCAAACUACCUCAAAGUCAAAGCAAAACAGGCUAUUCCUCAAGCAGCCACCAGUACCCAUCUGGGUACCACACAGCCACCCUGUACCACCACCCCUCCCUGCAGACCAGUUCGCAGUACAUCUCCACAGCUUCUUACCUGAGCUCUCUCAGCAUCUCAUCUAGCACCUACCCCCCACCCAGCUGGGGCUCCUCCUCAGACCAGCAGCCCUCCAGGGUGUCCCACGAACAGUUCCGGGCAGCCCUGCAGCUGGUGGUCAGCCCAGGAGACCCCAGAGAAUAUUUGGACAACUUUAUCAAAAUCGGGGAAGGGUCAACCGGCAUUGUGUGCAUUGCCACCGAGAAACACACGGGGAAGCAAGUCGCCGUGAAGAAAAUGGACCUCCGAAAGCAACAGAGACGAGAGCUGCUUUUUAAUGAGGUUGUGAUAAUGCGGGAUUAUCACCAUGACAACGUGGUUGACAUGUACAACAGCUACCUUGUCAAUGAUGAGCUCUGGGUUGUCAUGGAAUUUCUAGAAGGUGGUGCCUUGACAGACAUCGUUACUCAUACCAGAAUGAAUGAAGAACAAAUAGCUACCGUCUGUCUGUCGGUUCUGAGGGCUCUCUCCUACCUGCACAACCAAGGAGUGAUUCACAGGGACAUAAAGAGUGACUCCAUCCUGCUGACAAGUGAUGGCCGGAUAAAGUUGUCUGACUUUGGUUUCUGUGCUCAAGUUUCCAAAGAGGUGCCAAAGAGGAAAUCACUGGUUGGCACGCCCUACUGGAUGGCACCUGAGGUGAUUUCUAGGCUGCCUUAUGGGACAGAGGUGGACAUCUGGUCUCUCGGGAUCAUGGUGAUAGAGAUGAUUGACGGCGAGCCCCCCUACUUCAAUGAGCCUCCCCUCCAGGCCAUGCGGCGGAUCCGGGACAGUUUACCUCCAAGAGUGAAGGACCUGCACAAGGUUUCUUCAGUGCUCCGGGGAUUCCUAGACCUGAUGUUGGUGAGGGAACCCUCUCAAAGAGCCACAGCCCAGGAACUCCUCGGACAUCCAUUCUUGAAAUUGGCAGGUCCGCCAUCUUGCAUUGUUCCCCUCAUGAGACAAUACAGGCAUCACUGA